AUUACUGUUUCUCGAUCCGAACACUGCGUUCAUCGUCACCGCAACAACUCCCUAAACCUCAACAAACUCAGCAAUUUUCCAAUUCACGGAGGGAGACAACCACAUUUCUCAACAAUGGCUUCCUUCGACACCUUCACCAACGAAGAACACGAACACGAACACCACCACCACCACCAUUCCCCUACAGACCAACCCUUUGAUGAUGAUGCCUACAUGGCUUUUGACUCUACUCUCCCCUCUCAACCAUACGACUCUUCAACCCCUUUCUCUCCCUCCCACGAUAUUUCCUCCCCCGACCACCAACCUCAACCUCCCCCUUCCUUUUUCGAAGAUAACGUCAUUUCCGACAUCCACUCUCCUGGAAAUACCACUAAUCCCAAUUUGUCUGACGCUUACGACUUUGGAGUUUCUAAUCCUAAUCCUGACUAUGUAUCUCCCUUUCAUUCUGCUGACGCUGAUGCAGACCAUGACAAUGCCGCCGCUCCCGCCGUUGGUGGUGGUGCUUUUGACGAUGGUGGUCUUUUUGCCUCUGAUGGACCGGUUCUCCCCGACCCCAGUGAAAUGCGGGAGGAAGGCAAUGCUCGACGCGAAUGGCGACGUCAAAAUGCCAUAGAUCUUGAGGACAAAGAGAAGAAAGAAAAGGAGAUGAGGAAUCAAAUAAUUAAUGAAGCUGAAGAGUAUAAAGCAUCCUUUUAUGAGAAAAGGAGGGUCAAUUGUGAAACAAAUAAGGCUCACAAUAGAGAAAGAGAGAAGCUUUACCAUGCUAACCAGGAAAGAUUCCACAAAGAAGCUGACAAACAUUACUGGAAAGCAAUUGCAGAGAUCAUCCCGCGUGAGGUACCUAAUAUUGAGAAGAGAAGAGGAAAGAAAGAUCCUGACAAGAAGCCUUCAAUAUUGGUCGUUCAGGGUCCAAAACCUGGAAAGCCAACCGAUCUAGCACGAUUGAGGCAGAUCUUGUUGAAGUUGAAACAGACUCCUCCACCUCAUAUGAUGCCUCCUCCACCCAAACCGGCCAAAGAUGAAAAGGAUGGCAAAGAUGGCAAAGAUGGAGAAGGUGGCAAGGAUGGAAAGGAUAGCAAGGAUGGAAAAGAUACAAAGGAAGGGACGGAGAACAAAGGUGGAAAGGAAGCAAGUGAAGGGACAGAAACCAAAGAUUCUAAGGAAGAAGGGAAGGAAGUUGAUGAGAAGAAAGCUUCUUCACCAGCUACAGUUCUCACACCUACUUCUCCAGCAAUAAAUAUGGAUGCCAAUGGCACUCCUGAUCAACCCAUAAUAGAGGUUGAGGCUCCUCCUCCUCCUGUUGCUGAUGCCGAACAAGCAGUUCUGUUGGUGUCACCUUCUGCAGAGGAAUAAGGAGGAAGCUUUCGUUAUGGCCAUGCUGCUUUGCAUUCCCUGCAGCGUGGGAUUUGACAGCUCUCUUGUUGAGACUUAGAAUUUAGGCCGAUUUGUCAUUGAAUUUUAUUAUCAUCUCUUCGAGACUGAGCUUCUCUUAUAUACUCCUUUUGUUACAGAUGAUAGAAAAGGUAAUAAUACAGACUUGCAAAGUUGUAGUAGAGCA